UGACACUUAGAAUUUCCACAAAAAUAACACGGAGCGAUUAAGAACGCGUCGACCUUUUCAGUUUAUCUCUGACCUGCCCAACAUGUUAUACGAAGCCGUGAUUGUUCUGUCGUUAUUUAGUGGGACAAUUGGCCAUAGGACUUUCUUCUAUGAUCUUGUAUGGCAAGAUGAAUAUCCUUUGUGGGGUGUUUCAAGAAGAGGUUAUCAAUGCGUAACGCCCAACGAAGAGCGCGCCUUCUGCGUCUCUUUAUUUACAUGCCCCGUUUUGUUGUUAUCCUUGGGCAGUCUGCAACCAGCAGCUCUCGAUUUUGUUAAAAAGUCACUGUGCAAAUCCGAACCCAAGGACGUGUUGGUUUGCUGCGGAAGCUUUGGAAACUUCACCGAAACCACCACCUCCAAGCCAACUACCACACCUUCCGUCCCCAGAAAUCCCACCCCACAAAUCUUUCACAAUAGCACCACACCUACCAUCCCCACAAAGACUACUCCAAAAAGUUUUCACAACACCACCACACCUACCACCCCCACAAAGACGACCCCAAAAAGUUUCCACAACAACACCCUUUUGGCCAGUCGCAAGUUCUGCGGAUAUCAGCACAACGACGAUAGAUUCUCGACUGACAACUCAACGGCACUAGACGAAUUCCCUUGGCUGGCGCACAUCGUGUUCCUUGACGAAGCGGACGAAGAUCCCGAUCAGUACCUGGACCGGUGCAACGGCGUUUUGAUCAACAACCGAUACGUGCUGACGACGGAAUAUUGCGGCACUUAUGCGAAAUCGAUAAAGCUGGGACAGUAUUACACUAACGCGACCGUGGCGUGCGCUGGCCAAUCAGAUUGCACGGAACCAGUUUUGGAAAUUCCCGUAGUGGAGGAGAUCCACAGAUCGAUGGUGUCGGAUGGAUGGCACGACUUCGCUCUCUUACGCCUGGCCAGCAAAGUCAGUUUCUCAGAUUACAUUCGUCCCAUUUGUCUUCCACUGGACGAAUCAGAGGUCCAGGACAGACCCGAGUUGAAAUUUUCAGGAUGGGGUUCGACAGAUGCGGGUGGUGUGGGUAAAAAGCGGCUGGAGUAUAAACCAACGGACAUCUCCGAGUGUGAAAAGCUAGACGAUAAGGGAUUGACUAACGUUACUGAAGUAACACCCGUCUGCUUGAUUCCGACGAAUAAAUAUGGCGAACUCGCGUGCACCGGGGACGAAUCAGGUCCUUUGCUGUACGCGGUCAAGAGGUCACAAUGGUUUGUCGACUCACUAAUCACCCGAGUUUAUUCAAAGCCCACGGACAUAAAUUUAUGUUCCAACGAGCUUCCUAUUACUGGAAUUAAAAUUACUAUGGAUAUCGUUGGAUGGAUUGUUAGUAAUAUGUUGCCAUAAAUGUAUUAAAUAUACGCAAAUUAGAGAGAACUAUAGAUUUCCGCUAAUGGUUCGCAUCUCGCAAAUAAAUAUGACACGACUGUAUUGUAUAAUAUAUGAAU